CUCAGGGGCAGCAAGAUGUCUGGGUCCAACGCUGAGGGUGAGGAAAAGGCGGGCUCCAGACAUUGUCCCCAGGUGCAGGUGAAUGAAUAUAAAGAAAUUGGAAGUAGUGCUUAUACUUCUUUGAGACCAAUACAGACUACAACUUUAGGGAAAACAGCAAAGGUUUAUCUUUCCCCAUUUUCGCUCAGCAAUUCCAAGCUAGCACUAUUUAAGUUAUCCAGAUCCUCGUUUGAAAAUAAUUGUAACAAUGCAGUGGCUCAUAAGAAGACUGACGGGAAGAAGACUUGUAGAAAGGUUUUAACUGCAAAGAUGAAGGCCGCAUCUUCCAAGGCAGAACCCGUUCUGCUGAAGCCAUCCUUGGAUGCUUAUACUGAAAGUACCAAGCUGGAACUCCAGAGCACUGAAGAAUCCGUGCCUCUCAGUGUGGACAUGGGAAGCAGCGAUGAAGAUGGCCUCCCGGGCCUGGAUGAUUUUUCAGGAUUGUCACCUUAUGAGAGGAAGAGGUUGAAGAACAUCAGAGAAAAUGCAAACUUUUUUGCUUCUCUUCAGUUAUCUGAGUCAGCUGCAAGGCUCCGUGGAAUGAUAAAGAAGAGCCAGCCGACUGAAUCAAAGAGAAAGAGGCCUAAGAAGAAAGAAAAUGAGAUUGGCUGUCGAAGGUCCAUGCGAUUGUUGAAAGUGGACCCUUUGGGAGUUCCCUUGCCAGCAGCUCCAGCACAGCCUACAUUCGAAGAAGAGGAAGAAAAUCCUUUGUUACCUCCUGGACCCUUAGAAAUGAUUCCUGAAAACCAGGAUGACAGCAAUGAACUGUUCAAAGCAUCUUUGAAGACAUGGGCCGAGAUGAGCAAGACAAGUAAGGAGAGGACCAAGGAGGGACUAUCUAGCAUUAAAAGCUACAAAACCAAUUUAAGUGGUAUGGUCAUCAGUGAAGCUACUGUUCGUAAAGUGACCAGAGGUGCGAUCUCCUCUGUGGCCCUUCAUCCAUCAGAAGUGAGGACCUUGGUAGCAGCCGGGGCCAAGUCUGGGCAAAUUGGACUUUGGGAUUUGACCCAGCAAUGUGAAGAUCAGAUAUAUGUUUUUUAUCCCCACAGUCAGCCCGUUAGCUGUCUUUACUUCUCACCCACCAAUCCAGCCCACCUACUGUCACUGAGCUACGAUGGCACACUGCGAUGUGGGGACUUUUCCAGUGGCAUUUUUGAAGAGGCUCAGAGUGAGCUUCCUCUGUGGGCUCACUGCAUGGGCUGGACUGGUAAUUUCUCUUCCUGCCCCAGGGACGUUCACGUUUAUGAUGCGAGGUGCCUGAAUUCCAAGAGAAGCCAGCCUUUGAUCUCUGUGACUGGACACUCGAAGAGCGUUGCCUCGGCGUAUUUUUCACCUGUUACCGGUAACAGAGUGGUGACCACUUGUGCCGACUGUAAGCUGAGUUUGUUGUUCACCACCCUCCGAGCACAAGCCGAAGGCUGGAAGGUGAAGCAGACAACAGGAGCAUUUCUACACUGGGUUUGGGUUUUGACUUUGCUCUAUGCUACCUUGAAUUAUUUAACAUUUCAAAGUACAUACUAUUUUGUUUUUUUCCCUACUAGGCAUAACACUAUCACUGGGAGAUGGCUAACGAGGUUCCAAGCUGUGUGGGACCCUAAACAAGAAGACUGCUUCAUAGUUGGCAGUAUGGCCCACCCACGGCGGGUGGAAGUCUUCCACGAGACGGGAAAGAACGUGUAUUCUUUUUUUGGAGACUGUCUUGUAUCUGUGUGUUCCCUCAGUGUUAUGCAUCCUACCCGGUAUGUUCUGGCUGGAGGUAAUUCCAGUGGGAGGUUACAUGUUUUUAUGCAUCAAGAAAGCUUCUGAGCUAUUGGGUAGGUUCAACAGUUUGCUCCAAUUGUGUGGCAGAGGAAGCAAGUGCUUCUCUCAGCUUCAUGCAUCUGUUUGGUAAUGGGUUAUAUUUAGCAGCUGUAACAUUGCUUUCUCAGUGAGACUGUACAGAAUGUAGCAUUAGCACUGGAGGACCCUGAAGGCCAUCUCUAGAGGAGGAGGGAGGGGCCUGGAGCAGAAGCUGGGAUACUUUCAGCACUUGGUUCUGAGAUAGGAUUUUGUGUGGCCCAGGCUGGCCUCCGACUCUGUGUAGCCAAGAACGACCUGGAACCCUGGAGCCCCUUGCCUCUCCCUCUGAAGUGCUAAGAUUACAGGCAUGCACCGCUGCGCUCAGCAUCUUUCAGCACUUUUAAUUAGGCUGUAUUUUGAGAAAUUCUAUCAAAUGAUAAAGCUUUGAGUGGUCAGUAUUAGCUUUUCUGUAAUAUAAUGAGACCAUUUUGAUGCAAUAGUGAUCUAUAGAUCUGUGAUUUAUUUUAUAGUUUGGGUGGAUACUGGAAUAGGUCCUAAAAGAUCAACUAAUUAUGAAACAUUAUUGGUCCCCAGGGACUGUCACGUGUUAGGCAAGUAUUCCACUGUUGACUCACCCCCACCUUUGGAACUUAGUUCUGCUUUGUUGAUGUUUUUGAGACUAGGGUUUGCUCUGUAGCCCAGGCUAGCCUUGAGCUUCAAUCAUCCUGCCUCACUUUUCCAAGGGCUAGGACUAUCAGUGUUUACUAACAUGCCCAGCCAGAACUUAUUUUGCAAGCUAAGAACCUGUUUUGGGGUCCUUGUAUCUCAGUUCAGUGUCACAAACUCCCACAGUAGUCAUCGGGAACAUUGGUUUCUGUGACUAGGGCCUGCGUCCGCACACCUAUAGUUUGUCUGCCUCCUGGGCAGCUCCAGAAAUGAGCUGGGACUGCACAGUGCUUCAGCUUGCACCAUUCUCCUGUACUCCAGUGUGUAACUGUGUACACACUCUGUGUACAGCUAACUGUGGUAACUUUUCACAUGAAACUCCUAACUCCAGCACUUGAGGUAGAAGCAGGAGAAUCAGGAGUUCAAGGCCAACCUGGCUCGCCUUCCCUUGCCCCCAAAUUAAUAAAGUACAGAAAGCAAAAUUAGGAUAUUUUUAUUUUUUAAUUAGAGUAUUUUAAGAUAAAACUUAGUUUCAUAUGUUUAUGUAUAUUCUGCUAAAUCAGUGUGGCCUGGUGUCACAGAGUUAUACAUAGUCAACCUUUUCCAUUGUUACUUGCCAAAGUUACUUCUGAAAGACUUAAAAGCUUAGGUAGUGUGUUUGAAUUGUAAGAGGGAAUGCUCUUAUAAUUAUAUGUCACAGGAAUAAAGUAUGAUUUUCCUUGA